AUGGCAUCAUUAGAGACUGUACCGAGCACUGAGGGAGAAGACGGGUCGAGAGUCAGUACAGGCAGUGCAGAGGAGGUGAAUAUUUCAGUGAAAGAUACAAGACAGGAGGCACCAGAAGAGAAGGAGACGUACGAAAAGAGGCUUACAUUUGGCGAGAAGCUGAAGAUGAAGUUGAAGAGAUUCUUUCCAAAAAUAUUCCAUCGCAAGGUCAGAUUUCCGCCCGCUCAGAAGUGCUCCCAUAUCAUCGACUCCGGUGACGCCACUCCUAUUCGUGCCCAUGGCCAACUGCUCUCGCUUGUUGAAUACGAGAAUAUUUGUGAGUUUAUGAACGAAGGACUACGAGAUGAGACAGCCACCCUCGAAUCUGUGUCGACUACUGUCAGUCAAGCAUGCUGGGUGGCCCAGGGUAAUGGGGUAGGGUGUACGGGGGUGAUCCUGGGGGUAGGGGAUGGGGUAGGGGUGCUGGUGAAUGGGUAG